AUUCCGAAAGUGCGCCAAGUGUGAAUCGUAGCAUAUGCUAAUGCUAUUGCUACUCUCUCUCUCUCUCUCUCUCUAGAAUUAUCCAACCCAGCCUGUCUUCCUCGCUUUCUCUCCUAGAUACGCACAACCCAUGAUGAUGAAUUAGGAGUUUCGUCCUUCAAAUCGCCAAAAUCUCAUGGAGAUUCACUAUCUCACACCAAAAAUUCUUCCUCCCGGUGCAGAUGUUUGUUUAAAGCGCCUUUGUACUUUUCUUUUCCGGUUUCGGGGUAUCUAGACCCCUAAUUUUGCUCAUUCAAGGUCAAUUUCUGUUACAAGUUCUGUUUUUUAGGGUUAUAUGUGGGUGAACUGAGGUUGUCUUUCAGGAAUUUGAGAUUUGGUAGUUUUGUGUGUGUAUGUGUGUGUACUGAUGGAUGAGAAUUAUUUGAUGGAUGUGGAUUUUUCGGAUCUUGAUUUGAACCAAGAGCCUUCGAACCCACCUCUGCAUAGGGUUGAGAGGUAUGGGUCGAUGUUGAAUGAAUUAGGAACUGCUCAUGAUAGGAUAGAGGAGAGAAUCCGGCAGCUAGAGGUUGUUACUGCUCGCACGAGGCAGCGCCAGCGCUGGCGACAGGCUAGAAAUUCUAUGGAACUUAAUUAUUUUCCUAUUGAGAGGACGGUAGAUGCAGGUCAGAGAGGGAUCUCAAAUGAAAAUAGUGGGACUGGGACGAGUGCGUUCAAGAGUAGUUCUGAGAGGGGGAAGGGUUGUAAAAGGGAUAGUUCGCAUUUGGUGGCGAAGGCGUUGGAGAUGGGGUCUGAGGUUAAGAAGGCGGAUAAGGAGGGUGGAAGCUUCUACGAUUGUAAUAUAUGCUUGGAGUUUGCGAGGGAGCCUGUCUUGACUACUUGCGGUCACUUGUUUUGUUGGGCGUGCUUUUAUCAGGUGUCGGAUGUUGAUUCUACUUCGAAGGAGUGUCCGGUUUGUAAGGGAGAGGUCUCAGAGGGUACUGUGAUUCCCAUUUAUGGUAAUGGGGAGAGUGAGCGUGUGUGUGAGACAGAAUCGGGCUUGAAGAUACCUCCAAGGCCGAAGGCUCAUAGAGUUGAAAGCAUCAGACAAAAGCGAAUGACUCAAGGGCUAUCCCAUGUUCCUGUUGCAGAAGCACUUAGGCGAAUCAGGAUUAGUAUUGGUGCAGUGGGCAAUCAGACACAACAAGAAGCUGGAUAUGGUAUCCUCAAUAUUGAAUCGGAUACUCAGGCUGGACAAAAUGCUGAGUCAGCAGGGGGCCAUCGCUCGAGGAUCCAUCAGGUUUCAAGAGUAUUAUCCGAGAGUGCUGCUUCUCUUUCUUCCCUCUCAUCUGCUCUGAGUAAUGCAGAAAGACUGGUAGAAGACCUGGAAGCAGUUAUUAACAACAGGCUAUUGCGAAACGAAGCACGGUCUUUGUCGGUUGAUGUUGGGAAUCUUUUUACUAGGCCAUCGACUACCAUACAACCUGAUCAUCAGCCUCUAGUUUCAACUGUGAAUACCAGUGUUGUCUUGCCCAUAUCAUCUUCUUCCCAAUCAACUGAUGCUGCUAGUUCUGUUGCUCACAAUGUUCUUAGGCCAAUGGGUUCUAGUGAUGUGAGUCUGCCUUCGGCUCCUUCGUCAUCCUCUUUCCGAAGGAGAAGCUUAACGUCGAGGACUUUAGAUUCAGAUAGCCAUGACCCCCGUGAGUUGAGAAGAAGAAGAUUGAAUUAGCUGCAUCAUGAAUAACAUGGGUUGGUAAGGGGAGAUUCGAGAAAUGGUGCUACUCAAGGAUUCUGGAUAUCAGGUAAAUUCUACUAGGUUGAAGUUGGGAACACCUUAUUUGAUUUCGGACAUGGACGAUGAUAGAGUAGUAAAUUGUAAUGUAAUGGAGGCCAUUGUUGGUCAUGUUAAGAAACUGGGAAAAUUUCUUCAAAUCAUUGAUUGCAAUCAGAUGGAGUGUAUUAGACCAUAUCCUACUUCUUCCUGUUAUUUAAUUUCUUUUCUUAUUUUUCA